AAAAUUGAAUGAAAUUACAGACCACAGUUUAGAUUUUUUGCAAAAGAUAAAGUAAACAGGAAUAUUUUUUACACUUCACUGAUGUCAGACAUCGGUAACUACACCAAUUCUCCCACACACCUACAAGCUGUUGUACCUAUAACUAGAUUCUACGCAGGUAAAUCGGGGCGAAACCACUCGAUUAGUACAUUGGGGCAAAACAACUCGACUUAUGUUACCUGCAUUGAAAUUGGGACAAAACCACUUGGUGCGAAUCCACCAGGUGCGAAUAAGUAAUUGGGACGAAACCACCCGUUACCGGCCUAAUGGUUUCGUAACUGAGCCUUGAAAGCGUCAAGACUUGGUGACAGCACAGCUGAGGUGGGCAAGAUAUUCCACUCUUUGAUGGUACGAGGGUAAAACGACUCUUUCCUGACCGUGGUUCUGCAUGAUGAAAUCUGCUUGGCUUAACUCCCCGUUUUACAAUCGAGAUCGGUAUUCAAUGUAAUCUGGUUUCAUUCGGACAUCCUCUGUAGUUUUUAGUUGCAAUAUUUAUCCUCUGCUUUCAUAAUUUGACGGAAGGGACAUGCAGUAAAAACACUACUGACUAGUCAGAACUUAAACCUCGCAUAUAAUUUCUGAGUGAUUUAUUCAGUGUGAAAAUUCCAAAUGUCUACGAGAUUCCUGAAGACUGCCAAGAAAAGCGAGAGGAUAUUGUUUCGAAGUUUGGCGUUACAUCAUGGCUGUGGUUUGCGUCAGAAAGAGAUAAAUCGUGCCAUACAUCUUGCAAGAACUCUUGCAUCAUCGGGUAAAUUGAAUAAUGUUUUAGAGGAAUUCGUUUAUAACCAAAAACUUCCCGAUGGAUUUGGGAGAUUUGAGAAGGGAAGCACAACAGAGAAAAGGAGUGGGAGUGAAUCUUCAUCAACAGACGCAGACAGUUCAAAGACAGAAAGCGCCAAGGAAUCGGCAAAAGAUCCAGCCAAGGAAUCAGCAAAAGAUCCAAAUCAACAAAAGAAAGAGGAACCUGACCUGGGCAAAGCGCUUAAAGAGGUUUUCGAUAAUAUUGCCAAAGCGGCCAAAGAACGUGAAAAACAGGAUGGGAAAGGAGGAGGCGGUGGCGGAAGGAACCCCAAUGACAUGGAGAGAAUGGCGUAUCUGUUCGGAUUCGUAGUCGUUAUGUAUUUCCUGGUCUCGAUGCUGAAUGAUUCUUACCAACAUCAAGAAAUUACUUAUAAAAGAUUUGAGAAUGAAUUCCUACGAGAGAAAAAAGUGGAGGCCGUGAUGAUCAGCACAGAGAGUAAGACUGUCUAUGUUCAGCUGAAACCACAGUUUCGUGGAUUAGUGAAAUCUCCUUAUUUUCAAAUUGGAAGUAUUUCCAAGUUUGAGGACAACCUACAGGAGGUUCUGGAUGACAUGGGGGCACCUGACACUGUGGAAAUUAAAUAUCAACAGCCAAAUCGCUUUGGUUUUUCUAUUGGGUCUGUAUUGAUGCUGCUUCUAAUGUUAUCUAUGUUGCGAUCAUUUGCACGAGGACAAGUUCGAAAGGGUCCUGGAGGAGGAGGGUUGGGAGAUCUGUUUGGAAUGAGCAAAUAUCAGGUCAAAAAGGUCACCAAAGACACAGGGGUUAAAUUUAGAGAUGUAGCAGGUUGCGAAGAAGCUAAAAUUGAAAUAAUGGAAUUUGUCAACUUCCUGAAAAAUCCACAAAGGUACAAAGAUUUAGGAGCCAAAAUCCCAAAAGGGGCAUUACUAACUGGGCCCCCUGGAACAGGAAAAACUCUUCUUGCCAAGGCGACAGCUGGGGAAGCCAAUGUCCCCUUCCUCAGUGCUUCAGGAUCUGAAUUCUUAGAGAUGUUUGUGGGAGUUGGUCCUAAAAGGAUACGGGAGAUGUUUACCCAAGCCAGAUCAAAUGCCCCCUGUAUAUUAUUUAUUGAUGAAAUUGAUGCCGUCGGAAGAAAAAGGUCAGGGAGGUCAUUUGGUGGUCACAAUGAGCAAGAGAACACUUUGAAUCAACUUCUAGUCGAGAUGGAUGGUUUCAAUACCCAGGAAGGGGUGGUCAUUCUAGCAGCUACGAACAGAAUGGAUGUUUUAGACCAAGCUCUGUUACGACCAGGUCGAUUCGACCGUCAGAUCUAUGUUCCAACCCCAGACAUCAAAGGAAGAGCCUCAAUAUUUAAGGUUCACUUAGAAAGGAUAAAAACAGAGAUGGAUAAGCAAUCUUUAGCCAAGAAAAUGGCUUCCAUGACAUCUGGUUUUUCAGGAGCUGAUAUUGCCAACAUAUGUAAUGAAGCAGCAUUGAUUGCCGCUAGAGAAAGUGCUGCAUCAGUCGCAAUGAAACAUUUUGAUUCAGCCAUUGAUAGAGUAAUUGCAGGUUUGGAAAAGAAAACAAAGAUCUUUUUGCCGCAUGAAAAGAAAAAGAUUGCCUUUCAUGAAGCAGGGCACGCAGUAGCAGGGUGGUUUUUGGAAAACUGUGAUCCACUGCUAAAGGUUUCUAUAAUUCCCAGAGGCAGAGCCUUAGGAUAUGCCAUGUACGUCCCUGUUGAGAGACAGCUAUACACUCAGCAGCAGUUGCAAGAUCAGAUGUGCCUAGCACUAGGUGGUAGAGAAUCGGAGAAAUUGUUCUUUGGAGAAUGUACCUCAGGAGCCAUGGAUGACCUUCAGAAAGUGACAUCAAUGGCGUAUUCACAGGUGGCUACGUAUGGAAUGAAUGAAAGAGUGGGUCAGGUGUCCUAUUAUGACCCAUCGAAAGGGGACCAGGGAUUUACUAAGCCCUACAGUGAGGAAACAGCCAGGAUGAUUGACGAGGAAGUGAGGACCAUGGUGAACAGCUGCUCACAGAGAACGUUCGAACUUCUAAAAGAAAAGAAAGCGGAUGUAGAAAAGGUAGCUAACAGACUCUUAGAAAGAGAGAAAUUGGAAAAAGCAGAUUUGGAUGAACUUUUAGGAAAAAGACCAUUUGCAGAGAAGACUACUUAUGAAGAAUUUGUAGAGGGGACAGGGUCUAUGGAGGAGGAUACGACUUUACCAGAGGGCCUGAAAGACUGGAACAAAACGGAGGAGGAGAGACAGAAAGGGAAACCAGAAGCAGGAGCAACGGCCUGAACUACUGUUUCAGAACUAGAAGCUGGAGCAACGGCCUGAACUACUGUUUCAGACUGAGGAUUUUUGGGGAGACUUUUACUGAAUUCACAAAGAUCAUAGAUUUUUUUUAAAAGGAGUCAUGUUUGUGUUAAUGAACUAUAAUGUUAAAAUUUGCUAAACAUUGUGUUUAAUAAAUGAUGAUAUAUUGUU